CGAAAUGUUAACUGCUUUACACCAAGUCAUUGACAGUCUCACGAAAGAAGACUUUAAAAACUGUUUCGAAGACUGGUUUAUUCGAAUGCAUAAAUGCAUUGAUACUGAAGGACAGUACUUUGAAAAAAAAUAAAUUAAAAUCCUCCUCUGAAUAUUUAUCCCUAAAGGCUAGUGGAAAAAAACUUUUGUAGUACCCCACGUAUCUUGAUGAUGAUCAAACUGUGUAUGUCGCUGAUUGGUCGAAUCAUCGUAUUGUGGAAUGGAAAUGGGGUGCGACGAGUGGCCAAGUGGUUGCCGAUGGAAAUGGACAAGGAAGUGGGGCUCAUCAGUUGUCUUACCCAGAAGAUGUGAUUAUUGACAAAGAGAGCGAUAGUCUCAUUAUCAGCGAUCAAUGGAAUCAAAGAGUAGUUUGUUGGCCUCGUCGAAAUGGCACUCAUGGAGAAACAAUUAUUUCAAAUAUCGCUUGCUGUGGUUUAACAAUGGACGACAAUGGUUAUCUCUAUGUCGUUGAUCAACAACAACAUGAAGUGAGACGAUAUAAAAUUGGUGAUACUCAAGGAACAGUGGUUGCAGAUGGCAAUUUAGUAGGAGAUCGUCUCAAUCAACUCUCCGAACCCGGCUACGUAUUUGUCGAUCGAGAACAUUCAGUUUAUGUGUCUGAUCUUGGAAAUCACCGUGUAAUGAAAUGA